AUGCCCUCGCUACCUGAAACGGAGCCACAGAGCUCGACGAGCCCACGACGCUCUCGUGUCGCCGAGGACUUGAAAGUGUUUGCCACUGAGUGGAUGCGACUCAAUGCCAUCGACUUGCUCGUCUUGGCAGUCGUAGGCGGCCUGAGUUUUGCGAUCUACCACGCGCCCAUGACGGUAGUACGGACCUUCCCGAUUUCCUUCACGGGCUCGGGCGACAUCAUAUACCCGGAAUGGGCAUAUCCGUACCGAGGGUGGAUUUUGCCGUCGUGGCUGGCUGGCCUGAUCUCCAUUGCCGGACCAAUACUGAUAUACAUGCUGGCGCAAAUCAGGGUCAAGUCGGCGUGGGAUGCCAGCAACGCAAUCAUGGGCACGGUCUGGGCCCUCGCGCUGGGCUCGCUGUUCCAAGUGACAAUCAAGCAGCUCAUCGGGGGGUUCCGGCCGUACUUUCUCGAUGUCUGCAUGCCCGACAUCUCGCGUGCCAGCACGCACAACAAGACUGGGCUCAACGGCGUGGGAUUCCAGCAGGUGAUGUACACGACGGAGAUUUGCACACAGACGAAUCGGUCAAUGCUGAAAAACGCCGUCACCUCGUUCCCCAGCGGCCACUCCACCGCCGCUUUUGCCGGCUUCAUCUUCCUGUUCCUGUGGCUCAACGCCAAACUCAAGGUGUGGGCCGAUCACAAACCGGCAUUUUGGAAGUUGGCGCUCACCAUGGCUCCUUUGCUCGCCGCCGUCAUGAUUGCCUGUUCGCUCACCAUUGACGCCGCGCACAACUGGUACGAUAUAGUGGGCGGAUCAAUCAUCGGAACAGUCAUGGCUGCUGCUUCGUACCGGUCCACGUACGCGGCCGUGCUGGACUGGCGCUUCAACCACUUGCCGCUGCAGGAGAAGGAGCCGUUUGAGUACAGCGCCGAGGAGACGUCUGCUAUCGCGGCGCAGACCUUUACUCGCAGCGUCGGCUGGGGGGCCAGACGACAAUGGCCAGACGAGCAAGACGGGGCUUCAAGCAGCAACGCCUUUUUUGCCCACCACUCGACGACGAGAUUGCCCAGAGGCGGGGGGAAGACUGGACAAGCUGCUGCGGCUGCGGAUGGAGCCGGGUCGAAGGCAAGGGUUUUGGUGGGAGCGGAGGCUGUUUAA